AUGCCAACCAUAUCACAAGAAGAAGAAAACUAUGCCAGGAUGAGCUUGUUGCUGUCUGGGAUCUCCCUUCGUGGAGUACGAGUUUUGUUUGACAGUGAAUUCCAUCCAACCUGCUUAGGUGCAUCUCUCAGGAAAGCCUACAAGAAACUGAAUGACCUUAAAAGGAAAAGAGUAAUCAGCCAGACCCAGUGGGACCUUUUAUUUCCACGUAAUGGUGGUCCAAAUUCUAACAUGUUCGAUAUAACUCUACUUAUAACAUUGCUUGCAAAUCUAACAAAGUUAGAUCUCUACAACGAGUUGCCGUUGGUUACAGACAUUACACCAUCGGCUGAUGUGGGGAGGAUAAAGUACUAUAGGAACCUCAUAUCACAUAAUAAAGAUGGAAAGAUUGACAGCUCAUUUUUUGGCUCAGCAUGGGAUGAUAUUGCUCAGGCUGUAGGAAGACUUGGUGGCCAGCAUAUGAUUGAGGAAUGUAAAGGUUUAAGAACAUCAAUUUUGGAGCAAUCAACAGUAACUUGCGACAUUAAAGUUCAAAUGAGCCAGCUUUUGGCAGGAUGGAAGAUGACUAAUGUUUACUUUGUUGAAACCAGAGCUGCCAAACAUGUACUUGAAUGUGUACAGGAAAACAGUUGUGUAACUAUUACAGCAAGUAAUGGUGUUGGGAAGACAGCAAUCAUACAACAUGUGGCAUUAAAAAUGGCAGAUAGAGGGUAUAAUAUUAUGCUGGUAACAGCUCCGAAUGAUAUAGUUAAGUUUUACAACCCAAAUCAGAAAACAUUGUUUGUUAUGGAUAACUUUUGUGGAAUAUAUUCCAUAAACCAGUUUGACCUUAACAGUUUGGAAUUAGUUAUGGAACGUAUUGAAGAAUUGAUUGAAGAUAAAUUUACAAAAAUAAUUGUGGCAUGUCGCCUUCAAAUUUAUCAGGAUGAGAAAUUUGAAACAUUAUCAAUUUUUAGGACAUGCGUAUGUAACCUUUUAUCAACAGAUUUGUGUUUAUCACAAACAGAGAAGCAGUCAAUAGCAGAAUUAUAUCUAGAAACAAAAUCACAAGAGAUUAUUCAGUACAGUGAUUUAUAUGAUUGUUUUCCUCUCCUCUGUAAACUAUAUAAUGAUAAUCCUGAUCAUAAUAUAACAGAUUUCUUUCAGAAUCCAUAUUCAGUGUUUGAAGCGGAGAUUGAUACUUUGCACAAACAUGGACAUUUUGGGAAAUAUUGUGUUUUGGCAUUGUUUGUUAUGUUCAACAACAGACUUGAAGAGGAAUGGUUGACAGAUGAGGUUAAUACAGAAUUAAGAACAAUCAUAGAGAACACUUGUCAAACAUGUAAUUUGGACAAAUAUACUUCUCCACUUAUCCUACUUGAUGAGCUAAAGUCACUUCAACAUACUUUCAUAAAACAAGAACAAAAUGUAUACACAACUAUACAUACUCAAAUAUUUGACUUCUUGUCUUAUUAUUUUGGACAACACACGAUACAAUGUGUUAUUAAGAAUGCAGAAAGUGCAGUAAUUGGGCAGAGAUUUUUAUUACAGAGAAAUAGUUACAUGGAUCAGUUUACAACUGUUGUACCAUCUUAUUACCAUGCGAUGUACAUGGAAAGAAUGAUUGAUGAUUGGUAUAAUGGUAAAUUACAGCAUGUGUUUGAUAACAUCAAUAUGAAGAUACCAGCGUUCAGACAGAAAUUGCUCUGUUAUUUGAAUACACUAAGCAUUUCAUCCCAGAAACAAUUAGCACUGACCUGCGAUGUUAAUUACAAAACAACUGUACUGUUUCGGUGUUGUCUAUAUGAUGAUAUUCCUUUGAUUCAGUGGUGUUUAUAUCAUGGCGUUGAUGUUAACCAGUGUAAUUGUGAUGGUAUGAGUCCUUUGUUUGGUUCAGUACUUGAAGGUCAUACAAGGGUAGUGAAACUAUUGCUGGACUACAUCGCAGACAUUGACAAAUGCAUAAACAAUGGAGCAUCACCCUUGUUUGUAGCUUGUCAGAAUGAUCAUAUAGAAGUUGUAAAGCUAUUACUAGGAAACAAGGCAGACAUUAAUAAGUGUAAAAAUGAUGGAGUAUCUCCUUUGCACAUAGCUUGUCAGCAGAAUCAUGUGGAGACAGUAAAGAUCUUACUUGACUGUAAGGACGACAUUGAUCAGUGUAAGAAUGCUCGAUUUUCAACUUUGCAUUCUGCUUGUGCAAACUUUUACGAAGAUUCAUUCAAGGUAUUAAUGGCCAACACUGCAGACAUUAAUAAGUGUGGAGAUGAUGGAGUGUCUUCUUUGUUUGUAGCGUGUCAGAAUAAUCAUAUAGAGACGGUAAAGAUCUUACUGGAUAACAAUGCAGACAUUAAUAAGUGUAGCAAUGAUGGAGUUUCUUCUUUGUUUGUAGCGUGUCAGAAUAAUCAUAUAGAGACGGUAAAGAUCUUACUGGAUAACAAUGCAGACAUUAAUAAGUGUAGAGAUGAUGGAGUGUCUUCUUUGUUUGUAGCGUGUCAGAAUAAUCAUAAAGAGACGGUAAAAGUAUUACUGGAUAGCAAUGCAGACAUUAAUAAGUGUAGAAAUGAUGGAGUAUCUUCUUGCUUUAUAGCGUGUCAGAAUAAUCAUAUAGAGACGGUAAAGAUCUUACUGGAUAAAAAUGCAGACAUUAAUAAGUGUAGAGAUGAUCAAGUAUCUCCUUUGUAUGUUGCUUGUAAGAAUAAUCAAAUAGCGAUAGUAAAUUUAUUACUUGAUUACAUUGAUAAAUGCGCAACUAAUGAGUCUCCUCUGUUUGUUGCUUGUCACAAUAAUCAUAUACAUACGGGUAAGGUUUUACUAGACAUCAAGGCAGAAAGUAAUAAGUGUACUGAUAUUGGAGCAUCACCUUUGUAUAUUGCUUGUGAGAAUAACCAUAUAGAGACAGUCAAGUUAUUACUGGACAACAAUGCAGACAUUAAUAAGUGUACAGAUAGUGGAGUUACUCCUCUUUUUGUUACGUGUGAGAAUAACCAUAUAGAGACAGUCAAGAAAUUACUGGACAACAAUGCAGACAUUAAUAAGUGUACAGAUAGUGGAGUGUCCCCUCUUUUUAUUGCGUGUCAGAAUAAUCAUAUAGAGACGGUCAAGAUAUUACUGGACUACAAUGCAGACAAUAAUAAGUGUACAGAUAGUGGAGUUACUCCUCUUUUUGUUACGUGUAAGAAUAACCAUACAGAGACAGUCAAGAUAUUACUGGACAACAAUGCAGACAUUGAUAAGUGUACAGAUAGUGGAGUGUCCCCUCUUUUUAUUGCGUGUCAGAAUAACCAUAUAGAGACAGUAAAGAUAUUACUGGACAACAAUGCAGACAGUAAUAAGUGUACAGAUACUGGUGCAUCUCCUUUAUAUAUUGCUUGUCAUAAAAAGCAUACAAACAUUGUAAAGUUAUUACUGAACAAUGCAGUUAUACAUGUAACUGAUUGUACAGAUACAGGAGCAUCUCCUUUGUUUUUGUCUCGCUUUACAGAGUCAAAAAGCGAGACACAGAUAUAUGAUGUUUCUGGCGGCGACGGCGGUGUUAACACUGUAUUUGUUUGUGAUCAGUUCUAG